AUGGACAAAUUGUCCUACCUGACCUUAUUCUCCGAGGCUCUCUGGAAUCUCUCAACAGGCGCUCUUGACGAUAGCAUAAGAUUCCCCAACCACCAAAACUUAGCUCUCUUAAGGUGGAAAGAUCCAACCAACGAUUCGACCACUACGGUAGGCGUUAUACUAGAAUGGACGCCAUGGGACACGGUCAAAGCAGGUAUCUUAGCGAUCGAAGCCGGCAUCAACACCUUCGCGGACGAGACAGAUUUGAUCCAUCAGAUGGCCUUCGGCGUGCGAAGUAGCUCUGAGGUUCGGAAUGCAGCGAUCAGUGACAGCGUCGUAGCCCAUUUCCAAAUAAAACCAACAACACCGCUCAAUCCCCCAAACACUCUCUCCAUCACCAAUGACACACUUAUUCCCUUCGACACCCUGCCCGAAGCCUCCCAACUACCCUCCUCCUCCAAUCAACUCAACCAAACCUCAUCCCCCGCCCCCUUCCCCGCCCCCGCCCCCGCAAGCUUCGAGAUCAGCAAACGCGACUGGCCUCCCAGCGUCUCAGCCACACGUCCAAAAGUCACGAUCAGCUGGUUGCCGAACGCGCAAACUCUGGACACGCAAAGCGUCUACCUCGCAGCCGUGAAGGCGUUCAAGCGCGUUGCGGUGGAGACAAAGACGGCUGUGGUUCCUACGAAUCGGGGCUUUGUGUCUGAAGGUCGCGCGGUGAAUGCGCAGUUGUUGUGA